UGCGUCAUGGCUUUCAAGUAAUUGGACCUCCUAGACACCCGGAAGUAGUGUGAAGGUCUUUGGCGAUGGUUGGAGUUUAGAUAACGUUUCACUGCUGUAGUCGAUGUGAAAAUGGGUGUUAAAAUAGAGGUGUUUAGAAUGAUGCUGUAUCUAUCCUUUCCUGUCACCAUGUUCUGGAUCUCAAAUCAAGCAGAGUACUUUGAAGAGUACAUAGUUAAGAGAAAGAGGGAGAUCUUCCCCCCUGAUGAGGGAAUGCAUAGGAAAGAGUUGGAGGACUUCAAAGAGCGUAUGCGUGUUCGUAAGGAGCAGCGAAUAUUAAAAGAGAUUUCUGUGGAAUCUGAGAAUUGAGGAUUAUGUGUUGAAGAAAUUUACUCAGCACCACCAAUGGAGGAUAAUCUGGCUAUGUUUUUUUUUGUGGGCAAAAGAAAAUUGGUCAGACUGGAUUAAGAACAUGACACACUAUCUCUGAGAAGUUAACAGAUCCCAAAAGUGUGCUGGGUAUUUUCCAGGGAUAAUUAUGCCCAAUAUGCCUAAUGUUAUGUUUAAUUUACAUGUGUGUCUUUUUCACACAAGACUUUUCAAAUGCCAGAAUUCUUUGUUUGAAUGCCUGGCCAGCUGAGUUGCUGUGAUUGCACUGUCAUAAAAUAAUUAUUUGAGUUAUAUAUCCAGUUGGAUGUAAUGUAAUUAUCAUGAUUUAUUUUGUGAGGUGCAGCGCCUAUAAAAUGUGUUCACCGCCUUGGAUUGCAGGUUUGGUGUUUUACAACAUUGUAUCACAGUGGAUGUAAUUAGGCAUUUUUGAGACUGAUCUACAGAAAGAUACCAUAAUACCAAAGCAUAAAACAAAUCUCCAUAAACUGAUUUGAAUUCAGCACAAACAUAAAACACAAAGUAACUGAUUACAAGCAAUAUUUAUUAGAGGCCCCUGUGGCAGAAAUUACAGCCUUUACCCUAUGUUAUAUAGUUUGGGUAGCUUUAGCUUUAUGUUUUUUUAGAUUAGAUUCAACUAUAUUGUCAUUACACAUGUACAAGUACAAGGCAACAAAAUGCAGUUUAGGUCUAACCAGAAGUGCAAUAAGCAAGUGCAGGACAUAAAGUGUGUGCAUAAAUGCAGGAUAGAGCAGUAUAUGUUCUAGGUUGUCUUAUUGGAAAAUACAUUUGACUUCAAUUCACAGUUCAUUUACAGACUACAGCAGGGUUUUUUUUUCAAGUGAUUUAUCUGUAUUUUGCUGCAUUCAUUGUAACCUCUACCUUCACAAGCCUCCUGGGUCCUACUGUAGAUGAGCAUCCCCACAGCAUGAUGCUACCACCACCAGGCUUCAUCGCAAGUAUAGUGCCUUUCUGGUAACGUCUGGAUUAUGUUGUACAUCAAAUAUAGCUUUAGUAUGUUGACCAAACUUGUAUUGUUCUCAUCAGACCCCUCUAUCCAUUUUGUUUUAGACACUUUCUCAUACCUUCUGGCAAACACUAGCUAAGAUAUUCUGAAUAUUUGUUAACAGUAGCUUUCUUAGAGUAUAGUUACUUAUUGUGUUGCAGAGGCAUUGAAUGUUGCUUUGUCUUCAUGAUGCAGAUACAGAUAUAUUUAAUCUAAAAUCACUUGUCACACCUUGGUUACACACAGGUUACCAACUUGUGACGUCCUAAAACAAUUGGCUGCACCAGUGAUGAUUUGGUUGUUUUAGCUGUGUGAUACUAUGACAUUAAAUAAUGUUUUUUUCUGUUUAUCACUGUCUUAAAAGCCUAAUUACAUCCACUGUGUUUGUAUAAAGAAGUUGAGAGCGUGGGGGGAUUGACACUAUGGGCACCGAUUAUGUGUAUACUUCUUGUUAACACGUCAUUUUAAUGCCGUUUUUUUAUUAAGGUCAUUUAUUGGUUUUGUUUUACCUAUUGUAACAGAAGCAUUGAUUUUCCCAUUAGAUGUUUGGUUUGGAUAUGAAGAUGUAUCUCAUGUUCUGCAUCCUAUGGCUGCCUUAUGAUCCCCUGGACCAACAGCCAAUAUUUCGAGUAGGAAUGGGAUGUAAAUGUAAAGAGCAGAGGUAUUGGCUAUCCAUCAUCCAAAUGAAGGGUCAUCCAAACAUA